GCAAUGAGUCGUAAUAUCGUGUCGUCGAAAAUCUUUUCAUAGCGUCGGCGCCGAGUAACGAUGAAGUCGAGUGAAUCUUUAUGCUACAGUUUGGAUAUGCAAAGUGCCGCAAGGCUACCGAAUGUCCUUUUAGUCGUAGACAUUAAAGUCUGAAUUGAAACGAAAGAUCGCCCUGCAAAUUCGCUAAAAGAAAAAAAGAAGAAAUUACGAGCGACAUUUUUAUCUGGAAUGCGUUUACAUUCCAGCGCCGUUUCCGCGUAACUGAAGCGAACAUGAUUUGUACCUCACCAGCUGACAAGUGUGUGAAAUUUUCCAAUCUGAACUCAAACGGCUUCUUCUUAACCGUACAACCAGUCGGGCGUGGUCAUGUUGGCGGUGGUCCCGUUUCUUGCAUAUGUCACUUGGACACUUACAAUCCCAGCCAGCGUUGAUGCUGGCUGUACGAUCUCCAUACGAUACCCAGGCGGCGAUCUUAAGGAGCCUCAACCGUUAAUCCUGACAUGGAAAAACACGAGUUUCCUGUAUCCGAAGAACGACGAUGAGAUAUUACGAAUACAUACGGGAGAUACCAUAUAUCUGGCGUGUCCAGGCAAGAAUAAUUAUCUCAACAAUGAAUUGUGGGGUAGCGAGGCCGAAGUUACUUGUGUACGGAAUAAGCUAUUUCGCGUCUCUACGAAUGAUCGCUCUCAAGGUGGUCUCUAUGAGUUUUCGGCCUUGGUUUGCGCGAAGAGCCCUACGGAUAUUACCCGAAAAAACUUAAAAACGACAGCGCAAGGUGGCAUCUGCAGCCACACCUCCGUUGACAUUGGUUUCAAAGUGAGCAACACCUUCAUCCCUACUUUUGAAAUAUGUCGCGACGACUCGAGGUAUAUGACGUAUUUUGCGAAGUCCCGCAUAACAAGUCAUAUCGGCAAUUUGCAGAAAAGUUAUCCCAGGCCACAAUUCAAGCAAGGGACUUUUUAUAAAGGAAUAAGUGUAGACAAUUUAUAUCAAUUCAAUACCCAAAAGGAAAUGCUCACUAGAAUCCUGGGAUCGUCCGAGUUGGUGGAAGAACGAUUGCAAAAGUCGGUGCAGUACCUCGCUCGCGGUCAUUUAGUGGCCAAAACGGACUUCGUGUAUGGCUCCCAGCAAAACAGCACCUUUUGGUUCCUAAACGUCGCACCUCAGUGGCAGACUUUUAAUAAUGGCAAUUGGAAAUGGCUGGAAAACAGCGUCAAAGACUUUGCCAGCAAACGGCGAUUGGAGCUCGACGUUUACACGGGAGUACACGGUCAAAUGACCAUGGAAGAUAUUGACGGCGUGCAAAAACGCAUAUACUUGUUCCCUGAAGAUGAAAUAUUGCCCGUACCCAGGUACUUUUGGAAGAUCGUCUAUAAUCCAUUAAAUAAGCAGGGUGUCGCGUUUGUGGGCCUGAACGAUCCCUUCGUACAGUCAAUUACAAACAACUUAAAAAUCUGCACAGAUAUCACCGAUCAGAUCAACUGGGUAAAAUGGUCUCCUAGCAAUAUCACGGCUGGUGUUUCUUACGCCUGCACCGUUAACGAGUUACGAAAUAGGGUGCCUGAAGUGCCAAACCUUCGUGUAACCGGUCUCUUAAAGUAACAUAAAAACGAAUCAGUCCGGCAGACUCCGACUUUGUACAUGUCGCCGUCAGAUGCGAAAUAAUAAAAUUUGCAAUCGUGACGGAUUAAUUCUUAUGAUUUUAAAUAUUUUCUUUAUAUUUAAUGUACUUAAAACAUUAACGUGAGUCACUAUUGCGGAAGAUAUUUUAUGAUUUAUAUUAGAUAUUGGCGAGAAAGUUGAAAUGCAUUUCGUACUAUAAAAAUUAUCUUAAUGGAUAUAUGAAUUUGACGUCUCAUUUGUGAUAUUUCUAUCUAGAAUAUAGAAGAUCUAGAUAGUUCAGAAUUACAGUAAACCUAUCUAAUAGAGAGAACGUCUGAUAAAGCUUGUAUGGAAGAAACUGAAUCGAAUCGCAGUGACCCGUAUGUCGGCUGGCCGAUUUCCAAAAUGCACCAUAGAGAGAGAGAACGUAACGUCUCAAGAACAAAUGAGUUAUUAAGCGGAUGUGCUACGUAGACGCGAACCGGUAACAUGGGGAUACAACUUCUUAUUGAGACGAAUUGUCCUGGAGGAAUUAUUUCCAUUACGUUGUAGCAAGAUUCACUCGUGCAUGUUGCACCGAGAUAUCAUAUUAAAUAUUAAUGAUGUUGAGAAAUUAUGCGUUGACAUCCGACACGAGUCAACUUUAUCUCGAGCUCGAUAAGACAACAUUUAUUUUUCAAGAUUAAAGUUCUCGGACUGUUAUCUGCGUCAUAAUUUUGUAAGAGGACUCGUUCCUCACAAAAAAGAUAUCGGAUAUCUUUUGCAGACCGAGAGAGAGACGCGUCGAACAUGUACGUGCAAACAAAUGACGAAGUUCUACGUUAAUCGUUAAAAAAAAUGUAAACUGAAAUAUCACGUUACGAUAGAAUGCCAAAUCGUAUAUCAUCGCUGUACCGAUAAAGAUAUGUACAACACGGAACGAAAAUAUUUGUAGACCGCAUUCACAUAUGUAUGAUAUGUGUUUAUAUCAUUCGCGUAUUGUUUUAAGCUUACUGAUUGCUUCACGAUAGAAGUAGAUAAAAGUUCUACGUGCAAUAGUUAGAACAGCAACAGUAAUAAAAUAUAAUGUGCACAAAAAAUAGUAUAGACUAAAAAAAAUUGCAAUCUAUACGAAACUUUAUUUACUUUACUUUUACUUUAUUUACUUCAUGUAUCUAAUGGCGACAUAUACGUAUUAAGUGUUAUAAAAAGAAAAAAUCAUUCCGGCAUUUAACUAUGACAAUUUCCUCUCUUACAUCUUCCAGCAGCAAUAUUAAAAGCAUUAUUAUCAGAAUUAUGACACAAUAUUUUUUAAAAUAAAAGGGGCAACACGCGCGCAAAAUAUAUUUGCGCUUCCAAGUUCAUUCAGAAAAAAUUCAAUUCGAAUUCAUCACAUAUCCAAUAUACGUGUUCGUAUUACGGUAAUUUUGUUACAAAUACUGAAGUAAAAUACAAUAUCCCAGCUAAAUGAGAGAGCAAAUUGUUAAAUAAAAUAUAGAAACAACAUCAAAUAUUAAUAUUCGGUGAAUUAACACAUACAAAUGUUUUCCGGAUUAUCUUAAAUUACAAAAAAAUACUACGUCCUCCGAGCUUAAUGACGCAUAUUUGAAAACAUCAAAUUGUUUGAGACAUACGACUAUUCCUACGUAAUACGUUCGCUCAUGCUCGCAAGCUGCAAAGUUAAUACUUUCCUGAUAUGCCAUUUUCUAAAUCUAAUAUUUGUCUGAACAUUAUUGUUCGUACGUCAAACAAUCUGAUGUGUGACAGCACACAAUGUUGUAACGUUAUCUAAAGGGGAUCUGACACAAAAGUUUGGGCCGUAUAAUUAAGCUCAAGGAUAAAUUCCAUCGGUAAGAAUUUAGACUGACUUUUGAAGAACGUAAGCGAGAGAACAUACGGGACCCUCUUCCGUCCGAUAGUUCGCGAGAGAAAUGAAAAGUAGGGCGAGGAUCGUAAAAGCAGAGCAUGCCGCCUCGUAUCUCGCCUUGUACGUGUCCGCAUCGAGAUUUAAACCCGUCGGAGCAUUCUGGGGAUUUCUCGGUGCUUUCCCUCUCCAACGGAACGAUGGAGAGCAUCGAGGUAAGAGCGUCGAGAGUCUCUGUUCGAUAACUCCGAUUCUAUUUUCACAACAGCCCCCGAUACAACUGAUUCUAUUUAUUAGGUGACAAGUCAGAUUUGCCAGAAACGACUUGCGCGAUGUUAAUUGCAUCGUUGCUCUCGUGCGACUGUAAUCACUUUGAAAUGUUUCUAUUUGAUUUACCGAAAACAAAAUCGGUCGUACGAUAUGUAUAAUUGCGAGACUCGGUUGCGAAGUUUGGGCAGUUAUAGUGUGAAAGAUAAUCAAGAAAAGGUUGUGUACAUAGUCUCUCGUAAAGCGAAAUUCGUUGCAGCUGCGGAAAAGUUAACAAAGCGUUGCAUAGCAAUAUUUAUUUAACCGAUUUGGAACUCAAUUACAAGCGGCGCGUUGUCGGAGAUUGCGAGAGAAAAUGACAAUUUCAAUAGCCACGAAAUAAACGACACAGAAGAACGAGAAUACAUCGUCGCGUAUGAAAACGCUGUGUUUCGAAAUAUCUUAACCCUCUCGCUAUCAAUGAGAUAUAUGUUUUUCUCAUUACUAAUAAUAAUCUUAUUUAAUUAAAUAAUCAAUUUUUUUAGCAUUUA